AUGGGCGACACCUUUCUCCCUCUCACUCCCUCCCCCUCCACCACCACCAAUCCCGAGAGCGAGUUCUGGAUAUUCGGAUACGGGAGUUUAAUCUGGAAACCCCCUCCACAUUUUGAUCAACGUAUUCCAGGCUAUGUAACAGGAUAUGUGCGGAGAUUUUGGCAGGUAUGCGAAGACCACCGCGGCACACCCUCCUCCCCAGGCCGCGUCGUAACCCUAAUCUCGCACUCCCACUGGCUCACGCUCCACGAUCCACAUUCUCCCCCCUCCUCCACCCCAUCUCCUCCAUCCCCUCCCCCCAAAACCUGGGGCGUCGCCUACCACAUCCCCUCCUCCCACGUCGCCCAAGUACGCGAAUACCUCGACAUCCGCGAGAUAAACGGUUACACUAUCCACUACACCGAGUUUUGUCCCGCUGCCUCGCCUUCCUCUUCCUCCGCCACUGAAGCACAACAACAACAACCGAUCAGGACCCUCCUCUACAUAGGUACCCCCUCCAACCCUCAAUUUACCGGCCCUCAGGAUCCGCAAGAAUUGGCUGAACACAUCUUCCGAAGUGAAGGCCCGAGUGGCUUGAAUCGUGAUUAUCUUUUGAGUUUGGAUGUUGCUUUGGAUGAAUUGAGUCCUGAGAGUGGUGAUGAUCAUAUCAAGGACCUGGCAAAUAGGGUUCGGAAGAUAGCUGAGAGGCAAGGAGGUGUAGAAGCAGAAGCAAGUCACACAGAGGAUAUAGAUCAUGAGGCCAAGAAGGUUAUAAGCACAGAUGAGCAGGAGGAGACUGAAAAGUAA